UCACUAUCUCAGCUCCUGUGAGCAAGCUAGUUUAGGCAAUUGGCAUUCUCUGCAUACGGCAUCCAUGACCGAUACCGAACCUCGCAAACGUCGCCGGCCCGCUAAAUCGUGUGAGCAAUGCCGCCAACGCAAGGUUCGCUGUGACCGCAAUGUACCCUGUGGGCCUUGCAUGCGAGCUCGCUCAUCUUUGGGUUGCUCUUAUCGUCGGGUUAGUCGUUCUCCGUCACCGACUGAUCACCAAGCAUCUCCCCUUAUCUCGCAUGAGCCGCAGCGCAAUGCACGGGGCUACCCGCUGCCAUCUGGGAUGCCAGAUGGCUCAACGGCGUCCCUGGACGAAACGCCACACAUUGGACCUCAAUGCGGUAGCAAGGAAUGCAUCUCGUCGCAGCUAGGAUCAACGAUUCGUGACCUCCAGCUUCGUUUACAGCGUCUGGAGGAACAAUUAACCAGCCCGGACAUAGCACGGCCAUCGGCCCCAGAACCUGAUAUCCAGCAGGCACUUCGAGAGCUGUGCGACAAGGUCCAGAGCCUGGAGCAGCGGUUACUAUGUACGCAAUCAAGCCAAGCACCGAAAGGAGAACUGGCCAUUGCUGCAGCACCUCCUCGACUGCACUCCAGUUCCAAGAAGAUGAAGCUGUUCGGGCCAACUCAUUACAUGCACACGAUGGAUAAGCUCCAGCUCGUAGGCUCACUGGAAACUCGGGGUCCCCAGCCACUAUGCCCCGAGCUCAAGGCAGAACUAACUGCUCAAAUCAAGGAGCUUCAUCAUCUCCGUGGAUCAGCCAAGGCAGCACAGAGUCCCCGGUUGAACAACCCUGUGCCAGACUUGCUCUCCACCAUCCCAACCAGAUCGGUGUGCGAUGAGCUAGUGCAAUGCUACCUGCGAACAUUCGAAAGCAUCUAUCGCAUCGUGCACAUACCAUCCUUCAAUAAAGAAUACCAGCAAUUCUGGGAUCACCCUCCAGCAACACCCACCCCCUUCCUCAUGAAGCUGGCAUUGAUCCUCGCCAUCGGCACAACCUUCCACCCACAACGAGGCAAAGCCGGCAAAGAAUACGAUACGCGACUCAUCCAAACCUGGAUCUACGCCGCCCAAUGGUGGCUCACAGGCCCAACCGAAAAGAACACCUUCAACCUGGACGGCCUCCAGAUCUUCUGCCUGCUCCUCCUCGCCCGCCAACUGGGAUCACCAGGCCCAUCUCUAUACCUCUCCGCCGCCUCCCUCCUACAGACGGCCACAGCCAUGGGCCUGCACCGAGACUCAGCCCACUUCCCAUCUCUCUCCCCAUUCCAAUCCGAAAUGCGAGCCCGUCUCUGGGCCACCGUCCUCGAACUAACCCUCCAGUCCUCACUCGACUCCGCCUCCCCCAUCCCAAUCCCAUACUUCGACACCAAGCCCCCAUCCAACCUCAACGACACCGACAUCCACCCAGACCUCAAGCACCUCCCAACCCCUCAUUCCAAAACCACUCACACAGACACAUCCCUCCAGCUCCUCCUCCACGACUCCUUCACCCUCCGCGCCGAAACCAUCCACCUCAUCCACAGCCCCGACACAAUCCCCUACCAAAAGGCCCUCGACCUCACCACCAAACUCCGCACCACCUGCCAUACUAUCACCACCACUACCACUACAUCUACACAAUCAUUCCACCACUCCCACCUCCUCACAACCCUAACCCGCUACAUCCUCCACCUACACCUCCCCUUCGCCCGCGCCGCCCACACAACCCCCCAAUACCACUAUUCCCGCAAACUAUGUCUCGAAUCCGCCUUCACAAUCGCCUCGUUCGCCCUAACCACCACCACCUCCUCCUCUUCCACUCCCCUAGACGACUUCCCCCUCCUAACCCUCACAGCCCGCGGUCCCCUCCGCGGCCCCCUAAACCUCGAUAUAAUCUGCACAUUGGCGCUCGAACUCAUCACCCAGAUAGAGGAGGCCCCGAACAUCACAAAUACCCCCAAUAACAGUAGUAAUAGUCCCUUAAGAGUGCUAGCAUCAACAAUAAGAGCCCCCAUCCUACACACCCUCGAGAACCUCGCCCUGCAGAGCGCACACGUCCUGAAAAUGCAUGGGAAGUCGCCGGCGCUGAAACGGUAUAUUAUCUCUCAGGCGCUGGUGGCGCAGAUUAGAGCUUUGGAAGGUGGUUCUGGUGCUGGGGAUGUGCAGGGGGUGGUAUAUGAGGCUGUUAGGAGGUGUUUGGGGGAUGGGGUGGGGAUGUUGAGGGGGAUGGAAAAGGAGGAUAAGAAUGCGGAGGGGUUGGGGGUGGUUGUCACGCCGGAUAGUGGUGGUGCUGGUGCUGGUGCUGGGGGGUUGGAUGAGAUGGGAGAGGGUUUGGGGAUUGGGAUGGGAUUGGUAAGUAUUUUUUGAGUUUGGGUUGUUGUUUCUGGAUUGAGGCUAAUUGUUGGUUUCAUGUAGGAUGAUCUUGAAGGGUGGGAUUUGGCGAGUUUUUUGUAUGCGCCUGGAUUGAUGGAUUUGGGGGGUUGGUAGUAGGUAGAUGAUAAGGAUGAUAACAUGAUCAUGGAUGA